UUUACCCGCUGAGUAUGGCGGACGAACGGCCUCUGACGAUCUUGAAGUUCGUUUCAUAAUAUUAUAACGAAGCAGGACUCAGCUUAAGCUAUGGCAGACCUGACAUCUGCAGUCGUUCGGCUAGGAUCUACUCGGUCGUGCUUUAUUGCUGUCUCGGCCGAGUUUGCUCGAAGCAUAGGGCACUCCGUGACGGAGGGACAGCAGCAUUCUAUUGUGGCAUUUGUGAUGCAAUGGCCCGGCAAAACAAUGAACUUGAGCUGGUCUGGUGCUGUUGUCAACACUGCAGCCCAGGGCCAUGAGUUGCAAGCUACUGUAGAAAUCAACAGAAAACUUGCCAAGUUAAAUGGCUUGCAUGAUGGCCAGCAGGUUGUGCUAAAAAGAAUAACCUCAAUCCCAUCAUGCAUGAGGAUGUAUGUGGACCCUCUUUCAGCAGAUGAUUGGGAGAUAGUGGAACUACAUGCAGGAAAGCUAGAGGCAAGCCUCCUUGACCAGGUUCGAGUGGUUGGGUGUGGUCAGCUCUUGCCUGUAUUCAUCGACAGAAGUACUUCCAUUACUAUUGUUGUCAAAGCCACAGAGCCUAGCUUGCCAUGUGUCUUGCUAGAGCAGAUGACAGAGGUAAUUAUUUCACCAAGAAAUCGCAUGCAGCAACAAGUUGAAAUGCCAUUACAGACAACUAUAGACCACCACAAAGAUAACAUCCCAAAGAGAAGCAGCAUGCCUCCAGGAAAAGUCUCUUCCAUAGAAACCCAGGACAGUUCUUUGUCAAGAGUGUUUGAAUAUUUGAGGUGGCUUGCGUAUGGUGAGAACAACCAAGUGACUGAAUCUAUACCUGAUGAUGUUUCACCAUGUCAAACAGAGCCAUCAAGUUCAUCAGGCAAGUUAGCUGAAGGAAAUCAAGAUGAAGCUUGUUGUGAACAAAUUUUCAAAACAGCAAAUAUAGACAUGACCUUUAGAGUUCAAAGGUCUACAGAAAUCUUGUAUGGAAUGGCCAACAAACCAUGCAAACACAGGAAGAGAUUACAACUAUGUAUGUCCCAGCCAAAUGCAGCCUUCCUGGAUGCUACAUCACUUCCACAGGAACUUUUGCAAUGUGAGCAAUUUCAUGCUUGGAGAAAGAGUUGUUUAGGCUGGACUAAGAUUGUGCUAUUACAGAAGAUUUUAUCUCCUUCUGAGAAAGCAAGACUUUUAAGUGACAAAAAGACAAAAAACGAGGCUGCAGGUGAACAGAAGCAAAGCCAUAAGAAGGAUAAUCCAGCUCAAACUUCGCAAGAAAACAUAGCAUUUGGUCCAAAAGCCGUCGUUAAACUUGUUCUCACUGAAAAUCACCACCAAUGUGUGCCCAAAGACGAAACAUGGAAAGGAUCCGUGAUUAUCCCGGGUGUAGAAUGCAAAGGUAAUGCGUUAGAACAUGAAUCAGUAAGCUGUAACAGAGGAGAGACAUAUGCCACACUGCAACGCCCAGACAGAGGGUCAUCUGCCACAGUGCCACGCCCACAAAGAGAGCCAUGUGCUACAAUACUAUCCCAAGAAGGGAGAAAUGGAACCCAAGCUGCCUUUCCUGUGACUAGCAUCCCAAAUGAGUCUGUUCACCAGGGCCAUGUACUUCUUCAUAAACAAUUACAACAAGAUCUCGGCUGCAUAUUAGGAUCCUCUUUGCGAAUUACACAUAUUGAUCAUGGACCAGAUAUAACAAAGGGAAUUAUUCUCCACGUUGAAAGCAAGGCAAACGAGUGCUUAAAGGAUUCUGGUCCUAUCGUGCAGGCCUUUAAGGAAUGGGUCUUAUCUGUAAGCAGUGAUGAGUGCCCUCUUGUCCUGGGGGACACUAUGAAAGUGGAUUUCAGUUUUGAAGGUAUUACUCAUCCUGUCGUGGUGUCCAUCUUAAGCCAGUGUCCUGCACCCACGCAACAUGUACCUUACUUUUUGCUCAGUCCAGACACACUGCAGAGGGUCUCAGUUGUUGUUGAUUGCCAGAUGGAGCAUAUCCGCCAGCCGUUAGCUUGCCAGGAUGUUGAACCGAAGCUCAAGUGCAGUAUUCAAGACUUGGGUGGUGUGACAGCAGUAUUCACCAAGUGCCUGGAACGCAUCCUGUCCUGCCUGGACUUCACUGGACUUCCUGGUCACCUCAGUAGCAAGACUAGCGUAAGCUCCAGAGCCUUGCUUAUCCAUGGGUGUGGUCGAACCUCGCUUGCGCAUGCGCUAUGCUCUCGUCUCGGUCAGUGGCCUGUGUGUGCACAUGUGGUUGUCGUCAACUGCAUCCAUCUCAGGGCUAAACGUGUUGAGGCGGUACAGAAGCAUUUGCAACAGGCUUUUACCGAAGCAGCGUGGUACCAGCAGAGUGUGCUCCUAUUGGAUGAUCUCGAUCAUGUGGUGUCUUCUCCAGGCCCCAUGCAGGAGGCAGGCGGAGAGGGACUGUACAGACUGAGGCUUGCCCAAGUUUUCAAAGAUAUGGUUGCAAAUGAAAUCGCUAGCAAUGGCAAAGUCGCUGUCAUAGCAACGAGCGAAUCACGUGACUCUCUGCACGGUGCUCUGUUGUCGUCACGUGGCUGUCACGUGUUCGAAAAUAUUGUAGAGCUCAGUCUCCCAGACGAGCGCCAGCGUUUGGACAUGCUCUCUGCCUUGGCUAAAAGGAAACUUCGUGGUGCAUGCGCCGAUAACCUGGAUAUGAGUUUGGUGGCAAAGAAAGCGGACGGAUUUUCUCCCAAAGAUCUCAACUCUUUGGUAGACCGCGCACUACACUUCGCUUCCGUCAGGCAGUUAGAUAAAGACCCUGUAACCGUGAGCAACUCCGAUAUUGAACAGGCCAUCACGGGAUUUGUACCCGCAGCGUUGCGAGGCGUCCCGUUACACCAGGCCGGGCACCUUGGGUGGGAAAACGUGGGUGGCCUGGGUACAGUCAAGGGCGUUCUCCAGGAAACUCUUCUCUGGCCUAGCAAGUUCGCUGGGCUCUUCGCAAAGUGCCCUUUACGCCUGCGUGGUGGUCUCCUUCUCUACGGACCCCCAGGCACUGGCAAAACACUGCUGGCCGGUGUUGUAGCUAAGGAGUGCGGGCUCAACUUCAUAAGUAUCAAGGGACCCGAGUUACUGAGCAAGUAUAUCGGCGCGAGCGAACAAGCGGUCAGAGAUAUGUUCACACGCGCUCAAAGCGCAAAACCCUGCAUUCUUUUCUUUGACGAGUUUGACUCCCUCGCUCCUCGCCGUGGGCAUGACAGUACUGGUGUGACUGACCGAGUGGUGAACCAGCUGCUUACCCAGUUGGAUGGUGUGGAGGGUCUAAAGGGUGUGUACAUCCUGGCCGCUACCAGUAGACCAGACCUUAUUGACCCUGCCCUUCUACGACCAGGAAGGCUGGACAAGUGUGUCUACUGUCCCAUACCAGACCAGGGUGAUAGAAGAGAGGUGUUCCGCGCCUUGUCACAUGACCUGCCUUUGGCUGAUGACAUCGAUUUGGACUCCAUAUCAGACUCGUGUCACCACUUCACCGGCGCAGAUAUCAAGGCCUUACUAUAUAAUUCCCAGUUAGAGGCAAUCCACCGAACCACAAGCAAAAUAAAGCUUUACGGAGGUGCCCUAGAUGGCGCUACUUGCCUUAGGGAAAAUAUCGAUGGAGCUGAACAAGCCCCUAGGGACGCUUCUAAGUUAUCGGAGCGAGGCCAUAGGAGCGAUACUGAUGCACCGGGACAUGAGGACGGGAGUAAAGGAUCUCGGAAAGGCGUCAUUAUGCUGACCGUGGGGGGAGGGGUGCAGAGUGUAACGGCUGAGGAUGCUCAGGGGAUUGAGGCUGAGAUAUGUGCGCUAAACUCAUUUCAGCCCGAGCCGCGAGUCACAACUAAUACCAAUGUCAACAUUAAAAGACCGCUGACGAUAAUCCCGGCGGAUAUACUGCGGGCGCGAGCUGGUAUUAGUCCCUCUGUGUCAGAACAUGAACGCCUGAGAUACCAGCACAUAUACGAGUCGUUCGUGACGUCACGCGGAGGGGACUUGCAGCCUGAGAAACUGGGUCACGGCCGCGCAACAUUAGCAUAGAAACAGUAGAAAAGUAUCAAUCGUACACCUUAAAUGACGCAAAUAAAUCUCUUUACAUACAA